AUGGAAUAUUUAUUAAGACAUGAACGACGUCGACGAGCACAUGAUUUAAUUAAUCAACAAAUAAUUGAACGAGCAAUUGAUCUUGAAAGGGAACGUGAAAAUGAUCUUCGACGACAUAUUCGAUCAAUUAUUCACGAUGUUCAGCAUUCAAAAAGACAACGACAUAGUCGAUCAUAUUCUCGACAUAGUGAUUAUAGAGAUAAUCGUCAUCGAUAUAAUGCAUCUGAUGUUUAUGAAGAACAACGCAGUGAAUCAAGAGAAUGUUCUUUAGUUACAUUAACAUAUCAUGGUGCAAAUGCUGGUAGACAUGGUGAUGAAAUAAUGAUUGUUCAACGUGAUAAAACAGUUUUUAAAGGUUGUUUAAAUCGUGGAGAUCAAUUAACAUUUAAAUCCAAACGUUAUCAUGAUGAGAGAAGAAUACAAUUCGAAUUUUAUAUAAAUGAUUUACUUGAAGAUCGAAUGACUGCUUGUUGUGAACAUGCAUUAAUUAAUAUAAAUGAAAAGCAUUAUUUUCAAGUUAAUCGUGUUGUUGGAUCACAACCUUGUCAAGAAUGUCAAUCAGAAACUAGCUCAAAUUCAUCAUCACCUCCAAGAAAUAAUUUAACUUCAAAAAUUAGAAGAUCAUCAUCAUCAUCAUUCGCUAAUAAAGAACAACGUCAAGUAACAGAAAGAUCAUCUCCACGUAUUACAACUAGUUCUCAUAAAUCCAAACCACCUGUAUCGUUAAAUAAUCGAUCACAUCAAAACUCCAAUUCACAAAAACAAUCUAAUCCUCAAAGAUUUGAAAGAAACCAUUCAACCAUAAUUUCUAUUCAACAAAAUAAUACUGAAAAGCCUUUAAAUGAAGAUUUUUCAACACAUACUUCCGAAUUUCCAGAAGUUACAACAUCAAUUUUAGUUCAACAAGAAAAUAUACAACCAAACGAUGAAAAUUCAACCGUGUUUCUACCUACUUUAUCAUCAACUGAUCGAGAAUCACCACCACCACCACCACUACCAACCCCACCCAAACGAAUUUACGGUCCGCCACAAUUAUCGACAAUGUUAUCUGUUUCUGAACUAUUAGAUUCUCCAUUUGAAACUCCACUUGAUACACAUGAAGAAACAGUUGAAAAUCCAAUAAAUGAAAAUUUUGAAUCAUUGAAUAUUCAAGAGAAAAAAGAUUCUCAUUCUGAUACAGAUAAUGAAGAUAAUCAAAAUGAAAAUAAUCAAUCAGAUGAAAUUGUUCAAUUUCUUCAAACAAUGUCAUCACAUGUUGAAAAUACUCCAAAUGAACAAAUAAAUCAACAAAUAUCUUUAUUAAAUAAUAAUUCUGCUCGUGAAACUGGUAUUGUUAAUGAUGCAACUCAUAUAUUAUUAACACGACUUGGAAUUAUGCGACAACAACAAGUUGAACAUGCUGAACCAACAAUUGGUAAUGCUCCUCGACAGAAAGGCAAUGUUGAAUAUUUUAUUCUUGUUUAUUUACAUUCUACAUAUCCUGAUAAAUCUACAAUAAAACAUCUUCGUUCUCUUGUAAAUUUCUUAAAAAUUUUUGAUGAUACCGAUGAUUGUACUGCAUUUAUCAAUAGUAUAUCAAAUGAAAAGAUUAUUUUAAUUUUAUCAAAUUCAUUUUUUAAUUCAAUUCUUGAAAGAGUUGAAGAUCUUCAACAAAUAUUUACUAUUCAUAUUUUAUAUGAUGACAAUAAUAAUAAUCAAGAUCAACAAAUUCAAUUAAAUAAACAUUUAAAAAUUAAAGGAUUGUAUAAAAAUGCAAAUGAAAUUUAUCAACAAAUAUCAAAAGAUAUAACUGAAGUAACACGUGAUUUAAUAGCCUAUAUGAAUAUAUCAUCAAAUACAACAACACCUGAUCCAAUGUUUAUUUAUUCUCAAUUAAUAAGUCAAAUUAUACUUGAUCGAGAAGAAACAGACUGUGCUAUGAAAGAAUUAGUAAAUUUUUCUCGUCAAGAAUAUGAUGGAAAUGAUGAAGAAUUAUCUAUAAUUGAUGAAUUUGAAAGUGAUUAUGAAGAAAGUCGAGCUAUUUGGUGGUUUACUAGACAAUGUUUUCUAUCAAAAAUGUUAAAUAAAGCACUUCGUAUUCCUGAAGCUGAUGUUUUAUUUAAACUUCGUUUAUUUAUUCAACAUUUACAUCAUCAAAUUCGAAAUGAAUCAAUAUCUAAUACAUCUGAAACAGAUCUAAUAGUUUAUUUAGGUCAAACAAUACAUCAAAAUGAUUUAGAAGAUUUACAAAAGAGUUCAACAAAUAAUGGUUUACUUGUAUUUAGUCAAUUUUUAUUUGCAUCAACCGAUAUUUUAAAAGCAAUUGAAAUAGCUCGUAAACUUCCCGUAUUAUCCGAUGAAUAUAUACCUGUUAUACUUUGUUUAAAUAUAACAUCAAAUACGAAAUGUGCUAAUACAAGUUCACUUCGAUAUACAGUUGAUGAUGAUAAUGAUGUUUUAUUAAAUAUGGGAAUGAUGGGACGUUUAAUAAAAAUUGAAAAAUCAAUUAAUAAUCAAUAUGGAAUUGCUUCAAUUUAUUUAGAUUUAGUUGAUAGUAAAAAUGAACGAAAUUUACAAGAAAUGAUUGAAAUAAAACGAAAUGAAGUAAAAGGUGCUGCACCAUUUAUUACUUUAAUUAAAUUAAUGAUGAUCAUGGAUCAACAAGCACGUGCUGAACAAUUAGUACAAAUGAUAUUUGAUGAUGAAACAUUAAAAUCUGAUGCAAAUCUUCAAGGUUCAUUAGCUGCAGCAUGUCAUAUACUUGGUGCAACAUGUCAUGCAAAAGGUGAUUUUAAACGUGCUGCUGAAUUAUUUCAUUUAUCAUUAGAUACAUUUCUUCGAUUUGUUCCAUCGGAUGCUGUACAAUUAUCUCCAACAUAUAAUAAUAUUGGUUCAAUGUAUUUUCGUCAAGAAGAAUAUACAAAAGCAAUUGAAUAUCAUCAAAAAGCACUUGAUGUACAAUUAAAUUCAACAAAUCCAAAUUUAAAUGCAAUUGCAUCAUAUUCAAAUAAUGUUGGUGUUGUUCAAUUAAAACAAGGCAAUUAUAGUGAUGCAGUUAAAUCAUUUGAUCGUGCGUUAAAAAUUCUUCUACAAAUCAAUCAAUCAAAUGAUCCAGAUCUAGCAUCAACAUAUGAUAAUUUAGCUGAUGCUUAUUUUUUUCAAGAUAAAUAUGAUAAUGCUUUAACAUAUUAUACAAAAGCACUUGAAAUUCAACGUCUAGUUCAACCACGUAAUCCACAAGCAUUAGCAUCAUUUAAUAAUAGUAUUGGAAAUAUUUAUAAUAAAAUACAUCGAUAUGAUGAUGCACUUGUUUAUUUUAAACGUGCUUUAGAAUGUCAACAAGAAUAUUUACCACUAACACAUCCAUCAUUUGCAUCACUUUAUAAUAAUAUUGGUUCAAUGUAUUAUCGACAAGAACAAUAUGCUGAUGCAUUACCAUAUUAUUUAAAAAGUUUAGAAAUUGAAUUAAUGUGUUUACCAGAUAAUCAUCCAACGAUUGCUGUAACACAUUUUAAUAUUGCAACAACAUAUACUGGUUUAGGAAGAUUUGAUGAUGCUAUUAUAUCAACAGAACGAUCAAUUGAACAAUUAUUAAAAACUUUACCACCAAAUCAUCCAGAAGUUAUUGAAAAUCGUUCUUAUAUGGAAACAAUUAAAAAUAAACGAAUACUUAAAGGACUUUUUGAUACCAAUGCAACGAAUAUUUAG